CAUGACUCAAGUACAAACAGUACAACAGAAUAUCUCGGAAAGACCACGGGACACGACAUAUGAAACAAGCAAAUAGCGAAAACGCAAUUGCAUCUGAAAGACAUCACUGCACAUCAUCGACACAAGCACAAGAUAUCAUCCAACAUGGCUGAGGCGGCGAGCACUACGUCAACUCAGACGGCCGCCGAAAAACUCGCGCUCAUCAAACACAAUCUGCAAGAAGUUUUGAACGAGGAGAUCAUCUCCGAGAUUCUCAACAAAAAUGAACGACCACUCAAGAUCUACUGGGGCACGGCCACAACAGGAAAGCCUCACUGUGGCUACUUCGUUCCUAUGCUCAAGAUCGCCGAAUUCCUCGCCGCCGGCUCAGAAGUCACCGUCCUCCUGGCCGACGUGCACGGCUUCCUCGACAACCUCAAAGCCCCGAUCGAAUUAAUCGAACACCGAGCCAAAUACUACAACUUUUGCAUCACGGAGACAUUACAAGCCGUCGGCGUCGAUGUCUCCCGCCUGAAAUUCGUCCUGGGAUCCAGCUACCAGACUACGGGCUCCAGCGGCGCCAAAUACUUCAUGGACCUCCUGCGCCUGUCCACCGCCGUCUCCGGCCACGACGCCACCAAAGCCGGCAGCGAAGUCGUCAAACAAGUCGAAAGCCCGCCUCUCUCCUCCCAAAUCUACCCGCUCAUGCAGGCCCUCGACGAGGAAUAUCUCGGCGUGGAUGCCCAAUUCGGCGGCGUCGACCAGCGCAAGAUCUUCACCCUGGCCGUCGAAGCCCUGCCGCGAGUCGGGUUCGCCAAACGUGCUCACCUCAUGAACCCGCUCAUCCCGGGUCUCCAGGAGGGCGGCAAGAUGAGCAGUUCCGACCCAGACUCCAAAAUCGACCUCAUCGACGCCCCCGAUGUCGUGCGCAAGAAGAUGAAAAAAGCCUUCUGUCCGCCCAAGCAAGUCGAGGGCAACGGCGUGCUCUCCUUCGUCGAAUACGUCCUCCUCCCGGCCUCCGCGCUGCGCAGUGCAGAUGGGAAACCCCGCUUCGUCGUGCCCCGUCGCGAUGCAGAACCCCUCGAGUACACCGACAUCGAGAGCAUGCGCGCGGAUUACCUGGCGGAUGUUCUGCAGCCGCAGACGCUCAAACCCGCGACGACGGAGGCGCUUCUGGAGAUUCUCGCGCCGAUUCGAAAGGCCUUCGAGAGUAAUGAGGAGUGGAAAGAGACGGAGCAGAAGGCUUAUCCCCCGCCUCCGGCCCCUGUGCAGAAGAAGAAGAAGGAGAAGAAGAUUGGCACGAGGUUCCCUGGUGCGGCGAAGAAUGAGGCGGGUGAAGGGACGGAAUUGGAGGUCCAGCCGGAUGGGUCGGUCAAGGGACCGGAUGCGCAGGAGGCGAGUGUAGGGAAGUCGACGGAGGAGGCGUUGGAGAAGUUGUCGUUGGCUGCGGAGGGUGUUCAGUCUUCGUAGAUCUCUUUUCAAGUUGCAUAACGGACUCGGGAAUUGAAAAUGGUAGAUCGGCAUCGAGAAUUUGCAACAUCCGUGAUGUCGUGUUCGCACCGAAUUUCAUUAUGAUCAAUGGCCUCAACACAUCGACUCCCUAUCUGUAGAAAACCUUCCAAACUCAACUAAGCAAGACGCGAAUCUCAUCCACUGUGCGAGGGAAAAUCUCUCUCAACCAAACCUGUUCCUCGUCAUCUUCCUCAUCCUCAUUUUCACCGACCCCUUCCUCCAGACCCCUCCUCUUCGCCUUGUCAGCCUCCACAACAAGCUCCUCGAUCCUCUCAAACUCAUCUACAAAUCUUUCCGCCGCCGCUUCGACCACACGCCUCACCAUGGCGGGAUCCUGCA